AUGAAGACCUUCCUUACCAUCCUUCUCGCUCUUCCGGCUGUCUUUGCCGCACCAGCAGCCAAGGCUGGAAGACAGGUUAAAGCUUGCGCUUGUGCCAACGCCGCUGGCCAAACAAAAAUCGACGGCUACUGUCCAUACAUCGCAGGCAGCAAUGUCAACGUCGAUGGACAGGAUUAUUGCUUCCCCGCUGCCACUUGGUCGGAGUACAUGGACACCCGCUUUACUGCCGAGUUCUGUCCCGGGUACUACCCAGGCUACCCCAACCCAGUCUGCAAGACUGUCACGGUCUGCCCGUUGAUUGGCGAUUACCAGAAGAUCUGCUAA